AUGUCCGCCAUACACGAGAGCGACCGGCGCUCGAGGAGCAGCUCGAGGACCAGAAUCCAGGAUCUAGAAAUGGGUGAAGCGAGACCAGAGAAAGAGGAGGAAGUCGUUGAAGAAAUGGAGCCAAAACAAGCAGACCAAGACACCGGCGCAGAUCUAGAAAAGCAUUUGUCGAGGAAAAGUACACGAAAAGACCAACUAGCACCAGAGAAAUACCCCUUGACCGAUCUUGACAACAACCUCAUCGGCUGGGACUCACAAGAUGAUCCAACAAACCCGCGCAACUUCCCCGACCGGCGCAAAUGGACUAUUCUCGGCAUGGUCGCCGCCAUCACAUUCCUCAGCCCCCUCGCCUCAUCCAUCUUCGCGCCAGGCAUCCCAUUCGUCAACGCAGACUUUAACAACACAUCCCAAAUCCUAGGAUCGUUCGCCGUCAGUGUGUACGUUCUUGGAUUCGCGAUCGGCCCGCUUAUUCUGAGCCCGCUGUCGGAGAUCUAUGGGCGACGCAUAGUCCUGAAUGUAUGCAAUGUUUUUUUCUGCGCAUUUACGCUGGGCUGUGCGCUUGCACCCAAUCUAGAAGGGCUUAUCACUAUGCGGUUUCUCGCUGGGUUUGCGGGUUCGGCUUGUCUCACGUUGGGUACGGGGGUCAUUGCGGACCUGUUUGUGCCUGCGCAGCGUGGCAAAGCCGUUGCCGUAUACUCGAUGGGAAUCUUAUUUGGACCCAUCCUGGGCCCCCUAUGUGGUGGCUUUAUCGCGCAGCGAGCCGGAUGGCGAUGGGACAUGUGGGUUGUGCUCAUCGUCGGAUGCAUCGUCACGAUUGGCCUUCUCAUUUUCAACACCGAAACUUACCAUCCGGUCCUCCUGGAACAGAAGCUGAAGAAGCUUCGCAACGAGCUUAGCCGACCGGACCUUCAGAACAUCAUGACAUACAAAGAGGGCGUGCCUGCACGCCCCCUGAAGAUGCUGACAAAAUCACCCAUCGUCCUGCUCUGUUCGCUCUACAUGUCCUUCCUAUUCGGCCUCCUGUUCCUGCUCUUCACCACGAUUACCUCAGUCUUCAUCUCGACAUAUGGCUGGCAGGCUGAAAUGACUGGGCUUGCUUACCUGGGAAUUGGUAUCGGUAACUUCAUGGGUAUUAUAUUUGUUGCGAAGACGUCAGAUGCGACUAUCAUUCGUCUAGCGAAGAGGAAUAAGGGCGUGUAUGAGCCUGAGAUGCGCUUGCCGCUUUGCGUCUUCUUCGGUAUGCUGAUACCGAUAUCGUUCUUCAUCUAUGGUUGGACUUCGAACUUUAAAGUACAUUGGAUCGUACCCAUUAUCUCCCUCGUCCCCUUCGGCGUCGGCCUCAUGGGCAUCUUCGCCCCCCUCCAAACCUACAUGAUCGACUGUUUCCCGCAAUUCGCCGCAUCCGCCAUCGCAGGAAUGACCGCGCUGCGCUGUCUCUUUGGCGCUCUGCUUCCCCUCGCCGGACCGAAAAUGUACGAGUCCCUAGGACUUGGGUGGGGAAACAGCAUGUUGGGCUUCCUGGCUAUUGCUUUCAUUCCCGUGCCGGCGCUGCUGUUUAAGUAUGGCAAGACGAUUCGUCAGCGGUGGCCUAUUAAUGUGUAGGUGGUGGAGGAGAGAGAGAGAGGAACAUGAAUUUGAGAGGAGUAUUCACGAUACCCAGACUAAGCACGGGUACAUGGUGCUGAUUUGUAGAGAUAUUGUAAUACUAUAACGACUAGCAUAGACAGCAAGUGUAAAAUUCCAGUUGUUCAAAA